AAAAAAGGUGAGCAGAAACCUGUUUUAUCGAAUUCUGUGAUUGACAAUACCCAAAUUAAAUGUGUUGAAGGAAGUGAGAUGGGAAUGUAAGUAAAGAUUUAAAUACAGCCAAAUGUCAAAACGUUCUAAAACCUAUAGAGGACGAGUAAAUUGAUCGAGGCAAUAUGUUAUACUGUUCUGGCACUGGUGUGCAGAUCAUUUUCUAUAUUUUUAGGUUGGCACUGGUGUGCAGAUAAUUUUCUAUAUUUUUAGGUUGGCACUGGUGUGCAAAUAAUUUUUAUUUUUUUAGGUUGGCACUGGUGUGCAGAUAAUUCUUUAUUUUUAGGUUGGCACUGGUGUGCAAAUAAUUUUUAUAUUUUUAGGUUGGCACUGGUGUGCAGAUAAUUCUUUAUUUUUAGGUUGGCACUGCUGUGCAAAUAAUUUUCUAUAUUUUUAGGUUGGCACUGGUGUGCAGAUAAUUUUCUAUAUUUUUAGGUUGGCACUGGUGUGCAGAUAAUUCUUUAUUUUUAGGUUGGCACUGGUGUGCAAAUAAUUCUUUAUUUUUUUAGGUUGGCACUGGUGUGCAAUAUGGAUAUAGAUACAAAAGGUAAUGGUUCUAUACAAAAUGAUUGGAAAAAUGUAGUGCAUAUGGUAAGGGCACAAACGGAGCCUAAAGAUAUGAGAGAAAGGGACAAGGAAUUAGUAAACGCCUGGGAAAAAUUAAAGGUACAAUUUAAUUGGUCAGAAGAAACUAAAGGAAAUUAUGAUGUGGCACAGGCUAUCAGGAAAAUGGAAAUGUUGACCCAUCGUGAAUUACAGCGGGCAGAAGAAAAUUUUUCUAAAGCAGGUGUGUUUGAGAAGAGGAAACUCAAAACAGAGAUAGAAAAUCGUAAGAAGGAAUUACGGCAGUGGACCCGUAUAGCCGCUACGGCUACAGCCGUCAGUAAAACAGGGGUAAACCCGAAAGUUAAUGGUGAUCAAGCAGGUGUAAAACGGGAUUUACCUCCCCCUUAUAAUGUCCCUAACCUGCGACUAAACCCGUCUGCUCCCGUUGGCAUAAUGGCCCCAGUAUUUGAGCUCAAAGGGGGCGAUGUGAUGUGUGAGGACGGCCGUGUGAAAAUUACAGCAGGUACGGUGGAGGGUGAAAUGAGUAAGGCUGACAAACUAGAGGAGGCGGACAGAAUUAGGAAAAUGAUAAGAGUAGAACUGGAAAGAGAUAAAGAAAAGGAAAGAGGACACCAAGAACGUCUUUUGAUAUUAGAACAGGAGUUUUCAGUGAAUAAAAAAGAGAGAGAACAAAAAACAAAAAAACGAAGGAACAGUGUAGACACCGGAGAUGUGGAAAGCGUCUCAACAGAACAGAGCAAUGAGAAUGAUGUAGAGGAUGAUGUUAGGUCAGGGGAAGAAAUGGAACAGGAAGGCAGGGAAAGUAGAGGGGAGCAGGGGGUAUCAGGAGGACUGAUGAGAGUAGUAGUGGAAGGAAAGGAUUUAGAUUAUUGGACUGAGGGGGUAGAGACACAGAGGAGGACAGAGAAACUAUUCAGUAGAAGUCAGGAAGUGGGACUGGAGGAGAAACAGAAAGCAACACCACCAACCAGUGAAGGGCGUUACUCACUCAGGCAAUACAUCAGAGCUCCCUCCCAUAUGGGGGAGGAGAAAAGUCUAGUAAGAUCAAGAGGCACUGUGUUCCAACAGAUGACUGACGGAGCUCACAUCCCAGUUAGACCCAAUUUAAUGUGUCCUUUACUUGGGAGGGGGGGAACUCAAGAGUAUAAACCGUGGUCUCAUUCUGAUGUUACAGCCAUUGAAUUGAAACUGCCAGCUAUCUCUAAGGGAGGGGUCAGGUGGCUGACAAAACUAAGCGCCUUGACAUGUGGUGUGGAGCUGGCUUUGGGUGACGUGAGAACACUGUUGGGCGGUCUAGUGCCUGCCUCUAAGUUGAGGGCCAUUGAACAGGACGCUGGCCUUAAUGAUGAAGCCAGUGAGGAGCCCUUAAGGCGCCACAUUUCCAGUUUGAGUGCUGCAUUAAAGGCCCAUUUUCCAACCCCUGCCACUGCCUACCAGAACAUUAAGUUUAGAAUGAAACCUGGGGAGACGGCUGGUGUCUAUUUGAACAGAUGUGAGGGGGAAUGGGAGGCACAGGUGGAAGAACAUUGUGAUAAUACCCCUAUUUCUAGAGCUCUUUUCAGGGCCGCUGUGUUGGCAGGAACUCCCUUGGCCGUCCAGAAAGCAAUGGCAGACAACCCAGACAUCCCAGUUUCUAAUGAUGAGGUAUGGACUAGACACUUAGCUCAUCACACCGAUAAGGCAACAGAUAGAGAGGACUAUGAUGAGAAAGAGAUAAGUAAGUUGAAGAACCAAUUAUUGAAACUACAACUCGAUGUAGAGCAAGCAAAGGCUAAGGCAAAAAAGACACAGACCAGUAGGGAUGGCCAAAUGGUCCAACAGGUUCCCAUGACCCAGACUGUCCCAAACCCUACAACACAAGCUUCCACACACACUUUUGAAAACAUGGCACCAUUUCAUCACUAUCCUCACCCAGUCCCUUAUCAACAAUACCAUCCAUACAGGGGACAAAGCAGGGGAGGCCCUAGAGGGGGAGGAUAUAGAAGAGGGGGGUACACUGAGGGAUCCCAGGGUUGUUUCUUGUGUGGAGAUAGCUCACAUUGGAAAAACGAGUGUCCAAUGAAUGGGCCACCAGCUGCAAGGGGUUGGGGUCCCUUAAGAGGUGGUGGAAAUGGUCGGGGCAGGCGACCAUACCCAAACUCUUUCCCCUUCAAUCCUAACCCUAACCCAGGGGGAAAUCAGGUGCCCACUCAAUUCCCUGUGUGGGGCCUGGGAGGGGAGGCGGAAACACACUGAGGGGGCCUACAGAGAACUACCAGGGGAGCAAGGGCCGAGCCUCUCCUGGACAUUAUGGUCAAUAACAAGCCAUUAAAGGCCCUAGUGGAUACUGGGGCAACUUACUCCACGGUAACUGGCACAUUACCUGGAGAUAUGUUGACUACCAAUAGCAUUGAAGUCAUGGGGUUCUCUGGGGAAAUUGAAAAAUGGCCUAAAACAAAACCCCUUUCAGUUAAGGUGGCCAACCAACACCUAACACACAGCUUUCUCUAUUCAACCAGAGCACCAGUGCCUCUUCUGGGCAGAGACCUGUUGGUAAAAUUGGGGGCGAGUAUUUUAUGCACUCCUGAUGGUAUAGUCAUCUCCUUCCCUUGUGGCUUAUUUCAUAAUUGUUCAAAGGGCGGGGGCUUGAUUUCAGCCUCUCACGGCCAGUGGAUGCUGGCAGCCACAGAGAGAGGGGAGGGAGCUGACAUAUACUGGGUGGAGUUGGAUAACCCUGACACUGGCUCCAACUCAAAUGGGAUCUUAGCAGUGUAUCACCUGUGGGAAGAAUGGAUAAAACAACACCUAAUAUACAUCCCCCCUAAAGAUCCAUUUCAUUGCACAUUAUUCUAUGACAGGACAGGGGAUUUGACAUAUGAAGACAGUUUUUCUGAGAUUGAGGGCCAUAACUGGACCAUUAGCAGCCCAGGGCUAUUAAUAGGUAGGGAGGGAGUGGUGGCCCCUAUUAUAUUGACCUUAGAGCAGUCUAAGUGGUACAGGAUGUCUGAUACAGCAGCCCCUCAUGUUUCUCUAGCCUUACAUCCUGGUCACGAGGCUAGAGAAUUAGGUUGCAUGACUAAAAGGUUGUUGCGACUCACUGACUGGGAAUCAGGUCCUGAGGGGGUGCUGUAUUCGCCAUCUGAACAGGCAUAUAAAAUCUUGGCCCCUUGUCACUGUACAGGAAUGUUGACACAUGUAUGGCUCAAUAGGAGCCAUGGCAGGGAGAACACUGAUGAUGACGCAGCCAUCCCUAUGAUUGCUAGACUACCGCCUGAGUUGUGGUCCACAGGUCCAACGGACGUUGGACAUUGUAAGGUAACCCCAAUCACCUUUUCCCUGAGAGAUUACACCCCUAUAUGGGAAAGACAGUAUAGGAACAAACCUGAGGCAGAGCAGGGCAUUGCCUCUACCAUUGCUGGCCUGGUGGACUCGGGAGUGUUGACUGUCGCCAAAUCCGAUUGGAACACACCCAUCCUGCCUGUGCCCAAGCCAGGCACCGACAAGUACCGGAUGGUACAUGACCUACGUAAGAUUAACGCGUUGGUAUCCACACCAACCCUAUCUGUGCCUAACCCAUACACUUCUUUGUCCAGUUUGACUGUGCGGCACCUGUUUUUUACGUGUAUUGACUUGGCUAAUGCUUUCUUUUGUAUACCUAUUGCAGACGCCUGUAAACCAAUUUUGGCGUUCACCUAUAGGGGUCACCAGUACACGUACCAGAGGCUGCCGCAGGGCUUCAUUCUCUCCCCAGGGAUCUUCAACCAUGUCCUGAGGGACCAACUGGCCGGCUGCCAGCUACCCCGGGAUACUGUGUUAAUACAGUAUGUUGAUGAUUUGCUGGUGGCUGCAACCUGUAGGGAGCAUUGCCUCUCUGCCACUGAGAUUUUGUUGUCACAGCUAUACAAGGCAGGGUUCAAGGUUAGUAAAGAAAAACUGCAGAUUUGUAGACCACAAGUUACAUUUCUGGGACGUUCGGUAGGUGGCCAGGGCAGUGGUCUGACCUGUAAGCACAGAGAAGAAAUUUUGAAUCACCCAAAACCAUUGACGGUCAUGGAUCUUAUGUCAUUCCUGGGCCUGACUGGGUUCAGCAGACACUAUAUUGCCCAGUAUGCUGAUCUCACGGCUCCUUUAAGAUGCAUGGUCAGAGAUAAGGGUAUGAAAAAUGGUACAGCAACCCUGGAUUGGUCAGUCGAGGCUGAGCAGUCUUUCAUCACGUUGAAACAGAGCCUUUCCAUGUCAACACAAUUGCAGUGUGCAGAUUAUUCAGAAAAAUAUUUCCUUGACGUGGCAGAAAGCAAUCAGACCGCAAAUGGAGUGUUGUAUCAGAAAGAUAGGGGUCGGCGGCGAGUGUUGCAGUAUGUCAGCGUACUACUCGACCCUGUUGAACAGCGUCAGCCUCCAUGUGCUAGGUUUGCAGCUGGACUAGCCAAAAUCAUUACCAAAACAUCCCAUCUCGUGUUAGGGCACUGUCUGGUAGUUCACACAUCACAUUCCGUCAUAUCAUUUGUUAAUUCAUCUGCCUUCACAUUUUCUCCAUUGCGAACGCACAGAAUGUCCACCAUUUUGACUGCACCAAACAUUAACUAUUGUCAUGACGGGGUGAACAUGGCCGACUUUAUGUCUGUGGAAGGCGAGCCCCAUGACUGUGCACCCCGUACCUAUUUGGCGUCACUAAUUCGACCUGAUCUCCAAACCAAAAAAUUGGAGGGAGCUAUGGACCUUUUUACUGAUGGUUGCUGUUAUAGGGAACUAGAUGGGACACUGAGCGCUGGGUAUGCCGUGGUACAGGCAUCCCUGGACGGUUUUGAAACCAGACUCUCAGAGAAACUUUCGUUCAGACAAUCUGCGCAACGCGCUGAAUUAUUGGCUGUUCUAGCUGCAUUACGCAUUGCUGCUGGUCAAUGGGUCAACAUUUACUCAGAUUCCGCCUACGCCGUAAAUAGCAUCUUGACUGAGCUGCCACAGUGGCAGAGAUGUAACUUCACUACCUCAACCGGUCGACCGAUUAAGCAUGCGGAAGAAGCCAAGGCCUUGUGCGACGCUGUGUUAUUGCCUAAGAAAGUGGCCACUCUUAAAUGUGCUGGACAUAAAAUGGUAGUCAGACCUAUUGACGAACUUGUCUAUCUUUCACCUGAAAUAACUUUGUCAUUUCUUUCAGACACUUAUAAGACGGCGGCCCCUGAAGAGAAGUCCCUGUGGCUGAGUAAGGGUGCCUGUCUUUCUGACACGGGUGUGUGGCGAGCACCUGAUGGCCGUCCUGUCCUGCCAGCGGACCUGGCAAAGACAGUUCUAUUGGAAGCCCAUGGGAUGGCUCACAGCAGUGACCGAGACAUGAAACGCCGUAUGGAGGGUUGGUGGCAUCCAUUCCUGCCCCAUAUGAUCUCAGAGGUAAUCAAGUCCUGUGAAGUAUGUCAGCAAAUGAAUGUCAGGCCCACCAUUAAAUCUGAGCGAGGGCAUUUCCCAGUUGUUUCUGGUCCUGGCUGUGAAAUAGUGAUUGACUUCACUGACAUGGGCUAUCGGGUACAAGGCAAACAGUACCUUCUCGUCAUGGUGGACAGUUACACUUCCUGGCCAGAAGCUUUUGCCGUUGGGAGGGAAGACAGUACCUCCGUUGUUAAAUGCUUGAUCAAUCAAUACAUCUCAAGAUAUGGUUUUCCCCGUAGGAUCCGUUCAGAUAAUGGCUCCCAUUUCAAAAAUGAACAUUUGAGGUUGGUUGAGCAUUCCCUUGGCCUGAAACAUUCCUUUGGGGCCGUUUACCAUCCCCAAAGCCAGGGAAAGGUUGAACGGAUGAACUUAACACUUAAGAACAAGCUUGCGAAAAUUUGUGCUGAUACAGGCCUAUCCUGGUUGUCUGCUUUGCCAAUCGCUUUGAUGUCUGUACGUUCCUCAAUUAACAGGGUCACUGGAUUCACCCCAUUUGAGCUGUUAACUGGCCGCCAAUUUCCGGGUCCCUUUACAGGUUUUCCUAUUUGUGACAUCCCUGCCUUGGACCCUAAGGAACAUUACCAAAAACUGACAUGCUUGAUAAGUUAUUUUUGUCCCCAGACACGCCUGACCCUGCCGGAUCCAGCACCUUGUGUAGCCCAGUGGGUUCGUGUACGUGAGUUCAGAAGGAAGUGGUCUGGCCCCCGUUGGUCAGCCCCUAAAAAGGUGGUAGCCCGUACCUCUCAUUGUGUCCAAUUGAAAGACAAAGGCAACACCUGGUAUCAUCUCUCAAGUUGUGUUGCUUGUGACCCUCCAUCUCGUAGCCUGACCAACACUGUGUUGGACCUUGCUGUGCAGGUCCAAGAGGGGGUACAGGAAGCUAAACAAUCAGACGCUCCACUAACAGAGCAGAUAACACAAGAUAAACAAUCCCUUUUGACACACAACACCACACACACAGAGACUUCCUCACAAAACACACAACUGACGUUUAAACAGGGUGAUUUGUUUUCAACACCAGAAACAGAACCCAUUGCACACUGUAUCAGUGCUGACUGUGUUCUUGGAGCAGGGAUAGCACAACAGAUCAGACAUCGAUACGGGGUACAUAAGAUACAGGGGCAAAGAAAACAACCAGGAGAGUGUGCUGUCACCAUAGAAGGAGAAAGGGUGGUGUUCCAUUUGGUAACUAAAUUGUGGUGAUCAGACUUACCGUCUUAUACCUCUCUAGAGAGUAGUCUGGAGUGCAUGAGGGAAGAAGCUCUCCAAUUAGGGGUAAAAAGGAUCUCCAUGCCCAGGAUUGGGUGUGGACUGGACAAAUUGGUGUUUGAAGAGGUACAGAAGAUCCUAGAGAGGGUUUUCAAGGGAAAAGGGAUUGAAAUAAUCAUUUAUACCCUGUGA